AUGGCGCGACUGGGGGGUCUUGCGCUCGCACGCGCCGCUCCUCCCAGGCCUGUUCUGUGCCGUCAUGUGCUUAGCCUGUUGACUCUGGCGCUGCUGAGUACUGGCAGCGCUGAGCCGGUGCUGGCUCUGAAGAUCUCGUCUAGCAGGUUCAGGAGGUCCUCCGAGCCAGUGAAAACUUUAACAGGAGCCACUCCUGACGGAGACUUUGAUGCACCGCAGCCCGGCCGGCACCGCGUCCCGCCGUCACACGGCGUCGAGACAGCAAGACUUGGUGGAAGCAGAGGCGUGAGAGAAAAUCUUGAGGAGUCCGUAAGAGAAGAAGAAUCGAGGGAAAAUGGCAGUGAUGAGGGCCUGGAGCCACAAAUCAGUGAGGAGUACUUCAGGCAGCAGGCAGACCUUCUUCUGAGGUGCGAGGACACAGGCACGACGUUUCCCCUUCAUUCCGCCGCCGACGCCCAGACACUGGAAACUAUCCAGGGUCAAGUGAAGGCAAGAGAGGAGGAAGGAAACGGAGAGAGCAUGUCAACCCCAGCCCUGACACAUUUAGCGACGGCGUACUACGAGGAAGUCGCUGCUCAACUACGGCGUCACAAGAGGGAAUCGAUCAUGCACAAAUGGGAAGCUGGUACGUCGAAGGGUGACGAAGUCCAACAGUAUGUAGAGGAAUCCGAACUCUGCUGGAAACUUCAUCCGGCGUUACCCUCGCCGCCGAAGACACUCAUUGCCAAGGGGCUUGCUCGCAUGUGGCAUCGGCUCGGCAACGCGUUCAAGGGUGCUUUCCGGGGGGUUAAACUGGCUCACACGAAAAUCAGAAACUGGUUCCAGAAACGACUGAAGCGUAAAGGGAGUGGAUCGAAGAAUGCUUCCAAGGUCAUGGAGUUCCUGAAGCGCUUAGGGGCUGUGGUGCAACAGAAGGUCGUCAUUCUUGCGAAAAAAAUCAUCAUGCAAAUCGUGCGGUACCUGCCCACGAUUCUUCUCGCCGUCAAUGUCUUCUUCGUAGCGACUUCAAGUGUAGCUGUCGCCGCGUCCCCUGCCGCGCCGCUGGCCAUUCUGUCAUUGGUUGCGAGCAUCAUUGGAUUGCUUUCCUUCUCCAUCUCGAAAGGAGCCGAGCUUGAACGGCGGGCUUUCACCCAGGACUUUUCUUCUCGUCUUGAUAGUGACCACUUCCAGACUUUUGGGCUCGUCUGGGCAAAACUGCGGGCUGAAGAGGCUGUCCAAGUCGACACCACAGCCGCUGCUCUGACGCCUGAAACGCAUGGCGUGAAGACCGACAGAGGCGAAGCUAGCCGAGACAGUCGCACCACGGAUCCAAGUGACCACCAAGGAUCGUGGACAGACAUCAACGAAGCCUUCGUCGGCGCUCGAGAGAUGGCAGACGGCCAGACUGUGGUGGCCGCAAAUAUCGACGCCGACGCACAAUGGGCAACGGCAGCCAGCGUCCCUGCUGGGGAGCCCGGCGCGGUGCCCCCCUCUCAGGCGGCCCUGGAGGAAGUUCGGCGGAAAAUGAAGAAUAAUCUGACACGACAGAGGGCACCCGAAGUGUUUCAGACCGGCGUGAACGAAGUGAAGGCGACCUGGCGCGAGAAAAGGUUUGCGGGACUCGGAAGAAUCUUGUUGACCUCGCUUCGGACCUUUUUCGACCUGUUCAAUUUCGCCGUCUCACGACUUCUGCGCCUCUUUGGCAGUGCGUGGUUUUUUUUUGUGGACGUCGCACUCCGCAAAGCCAUCGCGUUCUUCCGCAUGCUUCAGACAUUCCAAGCAGUAGCAGCCUUCUUCGAGAAAUUCCAAAGCGUCCUGCGGUGGCUCUUCGGACGGGGUCGUUUCUUCUACGACUUUGUCGAACCCUAUCGGAACAUUCUCUCAUUCACAUUAACGAACCGUGUUCCAAUGUCGCAGCUCGCAAACGGGACGCUGAUGGUAUCGUCGUCCAGCGGACUCGUUUUCAUGGGUACUUUCCUUUGGGCAAUUUCCAAACCUCUGUGGUCUUGGUACCUCACAAUGCAGGGGAUGGUGGACGCCGACCUCCUCGAACGAGUGCGGAGACAGCUUUCUGAAGAUGCCGUCGCCUACAAAAGUUUUCUUCUAGGUUCAGAGGCGCUUCGGCCCAAAGAAGGAGGCGACGCCCCGUUCGUCUUCGCAAACGUUUCGGAGACAAAACUCGUCGAAAUCGUCUUCAUAAUGAACUUCCUCGACAUGUACAAAGUUCCCAAUUUGCCAGAUGCGAGCGUGCUGGCCAACACGUCCCCGAGCCAAAGCUUUCUUCUGUUCCAGCGCAUUCGCACUCUUGAUGAAUUCCGCGGCCAGCUGAGCCCUGUAAACAGGGCUCUUUUUGAGGAGACAUUCUCUGCCUUGAAAACGUGGGACUCGACAAAGAGCUUACACAUCGCCCACACCCUGCUCACAAGGAACAUCCAACACUGUGCCCUGCAAUACGGAGAAGAAACCUUCAGAAAUGAAAUUCAAACGCACUACCGCGAAAUGGCGACCAAGAAGAGGCUCAACCCUAAGGAGUUUUCGUGGUUUGUCAGCCUCACAACCAACAAGCGACAAGCAUUCUCGAGUAAAGUCUUCGAUGCAAUCAGAAUGUACCCAAACUCCGUUUCAAAUCCUAUCCACCUCAGGCGAACCGUUAAGAAAGCCUUAGCAGCAGUAACGAAACGCCCGAUAACUGACAAGAUGGCUACUUGGGCAGGAGCCCUCGUCCACCACGCGGCGGUUACCGCCAUGGGGAAGGAAGUCAUUCUUCAGCUGUACAAGGACGAGUACCAGGUCGUAGACAGAGCCAGCAUCCGUGUAAGUAACGUUCCAGUUGAUCUGCACCCGUACACGGAGGAGCUCGAGGCCACUUUGGGAGAGCUCUUCGUGUUCAAUCCUUCAGAACAGGGGCAAGCAGACCAAGAUUCAGAAGCUGCUCGCGAAAGAGUCGAAAAAUUCUUCUUGUCCGAGGAUCCUACUGGACUGACUUCCGUGGGAACCAUCCUGGGUGACCGUGGCCAACCGAGGAGCGUCAACUGCGCUCGUGUCCAACCCGCCGUCCUCGCGUUUGCUGAUAUCAGGGAAGCAGCUGUAAUGUACAGAUCGGAUGUGCACGAAUGCAACCAUGCUGCUACGGCGUAUUUUCUUAAGAAGCAGGUUGACAAGCAAUUCAUGGCCGAUGUCCGACGCGGGCUAUUCAACAGGAAACCAACCAGCUGCGCUCCUCUGCGCACUUCUGCUCUCGAGGCCCUCGAUAUUUUAGCUGACCAGUUGGCGAUGGCAGAGACGCAUGAGUUGCCCAACAUCGCACUACAGGCACUAGAGCUUAUCAUAGAACAGCACCCGGUCGUCGCUAGCACUUACUACAGAUACGUCACUCAAGUUGUACCGGAGGCGGAGAGACGGACUACGGAAGGAGUGUUCAAGCUUAUUCAGACGCUUCGCAAUUUUGUGCGGGAACACGAGCUUUCCCGCGUCACAGCUGCCUUCCUCAGGCAAGCGAGCAAGGCACAUUUUCGGACGAAUGUCCGAAGCACGAUGGAUGCUCCGCUGCUGGCGCGCGUUCACAAGAUAGUCUCCAAAUACAGAACCUUUUCAACUACAGCCGUCGAGGAGUAUGUUUACGAGCGGCUCGGAGGCAUGGCUAUCGACUUGAAAGAAGAUGCAGAAAAGGCUAUGUGGCAGGGAGUGAGAAUCCACUUCGCCAGGGACUUCACAGAGACGAUGCAAUCAUUCAAAGACUCUAAAGAACGAGUCGUGAUAGGAAUGCCUUUCAGGCAGAAUGAAGUGCGUUUUCAAUCCUUUCCGAGGACGAUCGGAACUAUACUGCACGUCACGGCAUUCAUGUAUACGCAACGUGACGAGGAUGUUUCGGCAGCCAUGAGAAAAGUGAUGCGUUCAAUUCUCGACAAGGCGCGUAUGACCGCCAGGAACCUGUCCCUUCCGAAUGGCAGUACUGCAGGUUGCCCUAUCUGCAAAACCGUCCAGAGGCUUCUCGAACAUCUGAAGAACAAAGCAUUGUCCAUCCAAGACGGCCACAAUGAGGAGGAAACAGCACUCGGCAUCCUCAGCAAAAUCGAAGAAGCGUACGAGAAGCAGGCGAACUCUCUAGGCACAUACUUCAGAUGGGGGGAAUGGUUUCCGGAACGUCACAAAUGCCUCAGUUGGACAGAGGAUCAGAUUCGCAUCGUGAAGCUAGCACUCACACGUGCAGUAAAACCCCUACGGAUGAGAAGGGCGUGGAAAGGACUUUUCAGUCGCAUGACGCGACAAUGGAUCGCGCGUAAAAGUGCCGAAAAAGCUGUUGCAGACGACCUGAUUGAAAGCAUCAGUGAAGCGGAUCUCUACGGCAUUGAUGGGUUCGACUUUCGUCUCGGACUACGAUACGCCUAUAAGCCAUUCAUCAGUGCUAACUUCAAGAAGGAAGCAGCAGAAUCAUGGGCUCACUCAGAGCAACAAAUAAUUAAUCGCGACGACAACACGCAGAUAACAACCGCGAACGCCGGUGUACAGGACGGUGUUGAGGCAAAAACUUCUUCCGAUGGUGCCGCUUCCUCGGUUGAUCCGAUGAAAAACAGUGGGAGCAUGUGA